GAGUCAAAAGGCGCGCGACGCAAUGUCCAAGUUCGUGGUGAACAAUGUGGCUGGCGAAUCGGGCCGCAAACUGCCGCAAUACAUUGCCGGACUGGCAGCAUCCGGCGGUGCACUGGCCGCCGGUACGUUUCUCGGCUGGACCGCACCGACCGACAAACCGCUGACGGAGAAGGGCGAAUAUGGGUUUCCCAUCUCGGACGAAGCGUUUUCGUGGAUCGGUUCGAUCUCGAACCUGGGUGCGGCCGUAAUGUGCUUCCCGAUCGGGUACAUGAUGAAGCUGAUUGGCCGCAAAUGGUCCAUGCUGUCGAUGGUGUUGCCGCUCGUGCUCGGCUGGUUGCUGAUAAUCUUCGCCGAGAACGUGGCCAUGAUGAUGGUGGGCCGAUUCUUCCUUGGCGUCGGCGGUGGUGCGUUCUGUGUGGCGGCACCGACCUACACGGCGGAAAUUGCCCAACCGUCCAUCCGCGGCACGCUCGGUACGUUCUUCCAGCUGAUGGUAACGGUGGGCAUCCUGUUUGUGUACGCGGUUGGUUCUGGGGUGGACGUGCAGGUUCUCAGUAUUAUCUGUGGCGUAAUACCGCUAGCGUUCGGUGUCAUCUUUUUCUUCAUGCCCGAGAGUCCGUACUAUUUCGUGGAAAAGGGCCGUUACAGUGAAGCAUCGACCUCGCUGAAAUGGCUCCGUGGCGCACAGUACGAUGAGGCGGCAGAAAUAGAAGACUUGAAGCAGGCGGACGAAAAGGUCAAAUCGGAAGCGAUACCGAUGCUGGUUGCGUUCCGGCAGAAGGCAACGAUCCGUGCGCUGAUCAUCUCGCUCGGGCUGAUGUUUUUCCAGCAGCUGUCCGGCAUUAAUGCGGUCAUUUUCUACAAUUCAUCCAUUUUUGCCAGUGCCAACGGUGGCAAUGAGAUGAGCUCGGCCUCGAUCAUCGUCGGUGGUAUACAGGUGGUUGCAACGCUGCUGGCGUCCGCCGUGGUUGACAAGGUUGGCCGGCGUAUUUUGCUGCUCGUGUCCGAUUUUAUGAUGGCCGUUUCGACGAUUCUGCUGGCAGUUUACUUCCAGCUUAAGCAGGACGAUCCCGCCAAAGUGGAUGAUCUGAGCUGGUUGGCUGUGUUGGCGGUCUGUCUGUUCAUUGCGAUGUUCUCGAUCGGUUACGGGCCCGUCCCGUGGCUGAUGGUAGGCGAACUGUUUGCGAACAAUGUGAAAGCGUUUGCGAGCCCGGUGGCGGGCGUGUUCAAUUGGCUGCUUGCGUUUCUGGUGACGAAAGUUUUUACCAACCUAAAGGAUGCGAUGGGCGAAGCGGGCGUGUUUUGGUUGUUCUCCGGCAUCUCGCUUCUUGGUACGGUGUUCGUGUUUGUGAUGGUACCGGAAACGAAGGGCAAAUCGUUGAGCGACAUCCAGCGAAUACUGGCCGGUGAGAAGCUUAACACGGAACAGAACAGCACAGAGGCACGAGAAGACGAGCGGGAACAGCCGAUAGCAUAA